GCCGUCCUCUGAAAAUCCUAAUGGUGCUACUUCUGGUGUCAGUCAAGGGAAACCUUCUUUAAGGCGAAUUAAAGGGAGACUACACAGAAGCAAAAGCCUUGAUAGCAUCGAUUUCUGUGAGCUGACUAACACAGCAAUGGAGGAAACAGCUAUAUGGGAACAACACACAGUGACGCUUCACAGGGCUCCUGGAUUUGGAUUUGGAAUUGCAAUAUCUGGUGGAAGAGAUAAUCCUCAUUUUCAGAGCGGGGAAACCUCCAUAGUGAUUUCAGAUGUGCUAAAAGGAGGACCAGCUGAAGGACAGCUACAGGAAAAUGACCGAGUUGCAAUGGUUAAUGGCGUUUCAAUGGAUAAUGUUGAACAUGCGUUUGCUGUUCAACAACUAAGGAAAAGUGGGAAAAAUGCAAAAAUUACCAUCCGAAGGAAGAAGAAAGUUCAGAUACCAGUAAGUCGUCCUGAUCCUGAGCCAGUAUCUGAUAAUGAAGAAGAUAGUUAUGAUGAGGAAGUUCAUGAUCCAAGAAGUAGUCGUGGUGGUCUGGUUAACAGAAGAAGUGACAAGAACUGGGCAAGAGAUAGAAGUGCAAGUAGAGAGAGGAGCUUGUCUCCACGAUCAGACAGGCGAUCAGUGGCCUCCAGUCAGCCCGCUAAACCAACCAAAGUUACGUUGGUGAAAUCCCGGAAAAAUGAAGAAUAUGGUCUUCGAUUGGCCAGCCAUAUAUUUGUGAAGGAAAUUUCACAAGAUAGUUUGGCAGCAAGAGAUGGCAAUAUUCAAGAAGGUGAUGUUGUAUUAAAGAUAAAUGGUACUGUGACAGAAAAUAUGUCAUUGACAGAUGCAAAGACGUUGAUAGAAAGGUCUAAAGGCAAGUUAAAAAUGGUAGUUCAAAGAGAUGAACGGGCUACCCUAUUGAAUGUCCCUGAUCUUUCUGACAGUAUUCACUCUGCUAAUGCCUCAGAGAGAGAUGACAUUUCAGAAAUUCAGUCACUAGCAUCAGAUCAUUCUGGUCGGUCACAUGACAGGCCUCCUCGCCGCAGCCGGUCGCGAUCUCCUGACCAGCGUUCAGAGCCUUCUGAUCAUUCCAGACACUCUCCACAGCAGCCUAGCAAUGGCAGUCUCCGGAGCAGAGAGGAAGAGAGAAUUUCUAAACCUGGAGCUGUCUCAACUCCUGUAAAGCAUGCAGAUGAUCACACACAUAAAACAGUAGAAGAAGUUACAGUCGAAAGAAAUGAGAAACAAGCACCUGCCCUUCCAGAACCAAAGCCUGUGUAUGCUCAAGUUGGGCAACCAGAUGUGGAUUUACCUGUCAGUCCAUCUGAUGGUGUCCUACCUAAUUCAACUCAUGAAGAUGGGAUUCUUCGGCCCAGCAUGAAAUUGGUAAAAUUCAAAAAAGGAGAUAGUGUGGGUUUACGGCUGGCUGGUGGAAAUGAUGUUGGAAUAUUUGUGGCUGGCGUUCUGGAAGAUAGCCCUGCAGCCAAAGAAGGCUUAGAGGAAGGGGAUCAAAUUCUCAGGGUAAACAACGUAGAUUUCACAAACAUCAUAAGAGAAGAAGCCGUCCUUUUCCUACUUGACCUCCCUAAAGGAGAAGAAGUGACCAUAUUGGCUCAGAAGAAGAAAGAUGUUUAUCGUCGCAUUGUAGAAUCAGAUGUAGGAGAUUCUUUCUAUAUUAGAACCCAUUUUGAAUAUGAAAAAGAAUCUCCCUAUGGACUUAGCUUUAACAAAGGAGAGGUGUUCCGUGUUGUGGAUACCUUGUACAAUGGAAAACUGGGCUCUUGGCUUGCCAUUCGAAUUGGAAAAAAUCAUAAGGAGGUAGAACGAGGCAUCAUCCCUAAUAAGAACAGAGCUGAGCAGCUAGCCAGUGUACAGUACACACUUCCAAAAACAGCAGGGGGAGACCGCGCUGACUUCUGGAGAUUCAGAGGUCUUCGCAGCUCCAAGAGAAAUCUUCGAAAAAGCAGAGAGGAUUUGUCAGCUCAGCCAGUUCAAACAAAGUUUCCAGCUUAUGAAAGGGUGGUUCUUCGAGAAGCUGGAUUUCUGAGGCCUGUAACCAUCUUUGGACCAAUAGCUGAUGUUGCCAGAGAGAAACUGGCAAGAGAAGAACCAGAUAUUUAUCAGAUUGCAAAAAGUGAACCCCGAGAUGCUGGAACUGACCAACGUAGCUCUGGCAUUAUUCGCCUUCAUACAAUAAAGCAAAUCAUAGAUCAAGACAAACAUGCUUUAUUAGAUGUAACACCAAAUGCAGUUGAUCGUCUUAAUUAUGCCCAGUGGUAUCCAAUUGUUGUAUUUCUAAAUCCUGAUUCUAAGCAAGGUGUGAAAACAAUGAGGAUGAGGUUAUGUCCAGAAUCCCGGAAAAGUGCCAGGAAAUUAUAUGAGCGAUCUCAUAAACUUCGUAAAAAUAAUCACCAUCUUUUUACAACAACAAUUAACUUAAAUUCAAUGAAUGAUGGUUGGUAUGGUGCAUUGAAAGAAGCAAUUCAACAACAACAGAACCAGCUGGUAUGGGUUUCUGAGGGAAAGGCGGAUGGUGCUACAAGUGAUGACCUUGAUUUGCAUGAUGAUCGUCUGUCCUACCUGUCAGCCCCAGGUAGUGAAUACUCAAUGUAUAGCACGGACAGUAGACACACUUCUGACUAUGAAGAUACAGAUACAGAAGGCGGGGCCUACACUGAUCAAGAACUAGAUGAAACUCUUAAUGAUGAGGUUGGGACUCCACCGGAGUCUGCCAUUACACGGUCCUCUGAGCCUGUAAGAGAGGACUCCUCUGGAAUGCAUCAUGAAAACCAAACAUAUCCUCCUUACUCACCACAAGCGCAGCCACAACCAAUUCAUAGAAUAGACUCCCCUGGAUUUAAGACAGCCUCUCAACAGAAAGCAGAAGCCUCAUCUCCAGUCCCUUACCUUUCGCCUGAAACAAACCCAGCAUCAUCAACCUCUGCUGUUAAUCAUAAUGUAACUUUAACUAAUGUCAGACUGGAGGAGCCCACCCCAGCUCCUUCCACCUCUUACUCACCACAAGCUGAUUCUUUAAGAACACCAAGUACUGAGGCAGCUCACAUAAUGCUAAGAGAUCAAGAACCAUCAUUGUCGUCGCAUGUAGAUCCAACAAAGGUGUAUAGAAAAGAUCCAUAUCCUGAGGAAAUAAUGAGGCAGAAUCAUGUUUUUAAACAGCCAGCUGUUGGUCACCCAGGACAGAGGCCAGACAAGGAGCCUAAUCUAACUUAUGAACACCAACCUCCAUACGUGGAGAAACAAGACAGCAGAGACUUAGAGCAGCCCACAUACAGAUACAACUCCUCAAGCUAUACAGACCAGUUUUCUCGAAACUAUGACCAUUGUCUACGAUAUGAAGAUCGCAUUCCCACAUAUGAAGAACAAUGGUCAUAUUAUGAUGACAAACAGGCCUACCAGCCUAGGCCUUUUGAUAAUCAGCACCCUCGAGACCUUGACUCCAGACAGCAUUCUGAAGAGUCCUCAGAACGAGGAUAUUUCCCACGCUUUGAAGAGCCAACUCCUCUGUCUUAUGACAGUAGACCACGUUAUGAACAGCCACCUAGAACCUCUACCCUACGACACGAAGAGCAGCCAACUCCUGGAUAUGAUGUGCACAAUAGAUACAGACCAGAAGCACAGUCCUAUCCUUCAGCAGGUCCUAAGUCAUCUGAACCUAAGCAGUAUUUUGACCAGUACCCACGAAGUUAUGAGCAAGUACCAUCACAAGGAUUUACCUCUAAAGCAGGCCAUUAUGAGCCUCCCCAUGGUGCUGCAGUUGUCCCUCCUCUGAUACCUUCAUCUCAACAUAAGCCAGAAGUUCUGCCUUCAAAUACCAAACCACUGCCUCCACCCCCAACUCUAACUGAAGAAGAGGAAGAUCCAGCAAUGAAACCACAGUCUGUGCUCACCAGAGUUAAAAUGUUUGAAAACAAAAGAUCUGCAUCAUUGGAGAUCAAGAAGGAUGUAAAUGACACUGCCAAUUUUAAGCCUUCAGAAGUAGCAUCUAAACCUCCAGGUGCUCCCAUCAUUAGUUCCAAACCCACUCCUCAGAAUCAAUUCAGUGAACAUGACAAAACUCUAUACAGGAUCCCAGAACCUCAAAAACCUCAACCAAAGCCACCUGAAGAUAUUGUUCGGUCAAAUCAUUAUGAUCCUGAGGAAGAUGAAGAAUAUUAUCGCAAACAGCUCUCAUACUUUGACCGAAGAAGUUUUGAGAAUAAGCCUCCUACACACAUUCCUGCCAGCCAUCUCUCAGAGCCUGCCAAGCCAGUUCAUUCUCAGAAUCAGUCAAAUUUUUCUAGUUAUUCUUCAAAGGGAAAGCCUCCUGAAGUUGAUGCUGUGGAUAGAUCGUUUGGUGAAAAGCGCUAUGACCCAGUCCAAGCCACUCCCCCACCUCCUCCAUUGCCCUCGCAGUACACCCAGCCAUCUCAGCCAGUUGGAGGUUCUUCCCUCCACUUGCAUCCCAAGGGACCACACAGUGAAGGUAAUUCAGUAUCGUUGGAUUUUCAGAAUUCUUUAGUGUCCAAACCAGAUCCACCUCCAUCUCAAAAUAAGCCAACAACUUUUAGACCAGCAAACCGAGAAGAUACUGCUCAGCCUGGUUUCUAUGCCCAGAAAAGUUUUCCGGAUAAAGCUCCAGUUAAUGGAGCGGAACAGACUCAGAAAACAGUCACUCCAGCAUACAAUCGAUUCACACCAAAACCAUACACAAGUUCUGCUCGACCAUUUGAACGCAAGUUUGAAAGUCCUAAGUUCAAUCACAAUCUUCUGCCAAGUGAAACUGCACAUAAACCUGACUUAUCUUCAAAAACCCCCUCUUCUCCAAAAACUCUUAUGAAGUCACACAGUUCAGCACAGCCUCCUGAGUUUGACAGUGGAGUUGAAACUUUCUCUAUCCAUGCAGAUAAGCCUAAAUAUCAGAUAAAUAAUAUCAGCACAGUGCCUAAAGCUAUUCCUGUGAGUCCUUCAGCUGUGGAAGAAGAUGAAGAUGAAGAUGGCCAUACUGUGGUGGCCACAGCCCGAGGCAUAUUCAACAGCAAUGGUGGAGUGCUCAGUUCCAUAGAAACUGGUGUUAGUAUCAUCAUCCCACAGGGAGCCAUUCCUGAAGGAAUUGAGCAGGAAAUUUAUUUCAAGGUGUGCCGAGACAACAGCAUCCUCCCACCUUUAGAUAAAGAGAAAGGUGAAACACUGUUGAGUCCCUUGGUGAUGUGUGGGCCCCAUGGCCUCAAGUUCCUGAAGCCUGUGGAGCUGCGCUUACCACACUGUGAUCCUAAAACGUGGCAAAACAAGUGUCUUCCUGGAGAUCCAAAUUAUCUUGUUGGAGCAAAUUGUGUUUCUGUCCUGAUUGACCAUUUUUAACUCUUAAAAUAUAGGAACUUGAUUAAAUAAUGUGAAGCUGGGUUAAACUUACUAAAUCUAAAUGGAACCACUCUAUCAAGUAUUAUACUUUUCUUAGAAUUGAUCCUACAAUUUGUUAGUAUUAAGCAUUUGUUUGAACUGAUGGAGAUUAGUGAGCAUGCCCUGGACCAUGGUCAGAAAACAUGCUAUAAACUGCAUGUUUGUGGUUGAUGAACUAUCGGUAUUGGUUAGAGGUUCAAAGAUAUUUUGCUUUGUGAUUUUUGUAAUUUUUUAUAGUCACUACUUAACUUCAGUAUUGAUUUCCGUUAAAAUACCAGCCAGUAAAUGGGAGUGCAUUUGAGUCCUGUUAUUUCCAAAAUACACUGUUUCAGACUUUAUUACGACCUUGGCCUAGCAUACAUGCACAUUUAUUUUAUUAUGCAUGAGGUAAUAUGCACACAUAUUAAAAUGCACCUGGAAUAUAUAAACCAGUGUAGUGGAUUUAACAGAAAUGUACAGCAAGGGGAAUUUAUAGCUUUGGGGGGGUCCACUGAAGACAAUUACUUACUGUAUAUGAAAACACAAUUUUCUUAGGGAAGGACACCAAACCUUGUGAGACUGGUUCUAUGGCCUGUUUGGAUCAGACAUUAACCAUAUCACCACAGACAUACUAACCAGCAGGAAUGCCUUACCCCUCAUGUUUUUAAUUCUUAGAUCAUUUCGCUGUGUAUUACUAAGUUUUUAUGGCUUUUGUGCACAUCUAGAUGCUGUAUCAUGGAAAAGAUUGAGUAAAUUGUGAAUUUGGUGGUUUCAGAAAUGUGUACUCACCCAGAAGAAAAUAGUGGUAUGAUUUGGGUUGGUUUUUUUUUGUUUUUGUUUUGUUUUUUGUUUUUGACAAGGGGCAGUUCUUUUUGGCUAUGCAUUUGAAAAUUUUGAUGUUUUAAGGAUGCUUGUACAUAAUGCGUGCAUACCACUUUUGUUCUUGGUUUGUAAAUUAACUUUUAUAAACUUUACCUUUUUAUACAUAAACAAAACCAACUUUCUAAAGGCUACCUUUGUAUUCUCUCCUGUACCUCUUAAGCCUUGAACUUUGACCUCUGCAGCAAUAAAGCAGCGUUUCUAUGACACACACAAGGUCAUUUUUUUAAGAAAAAGAAUGCACAGAGUUGUUACAUUUUUAAGUGCUGCAUUUAAAAGAUACAGUUACUCAGAAUUCUCUAGUUUGAUUAAAUUCUUGCAAAGUAUCCCUACUGUAAUUUGUGAUACAAUGCUGUGCCCUAAAGUGUAUUUUUUUACUAAUAGACAAUUUAUUAUGGCACAUCAGCACGAUUUCUGUUUAGAUAAUACAUCACUACAUUCUGUUAAUCAUUAGGUGUGACUGGAUUUCUUUUGCAGUUAUUAAAAAUCUCCAAUUUCUAAAUCUGCAAAAUAAAACUUUUUAAAAUAAA